GUUACGCGAGCACGCAUGCGCACAUUAACCGAAGACAACGCUGGAUCGCAGACGGUCUGUUCAGCCUUCAGUCAAAUAUUUGUGUCUGAAGCUGCGUGAAGAAAACUUCCACGAGAUAAAGUGCAGUUCCUUUUUUUAAGUAUUCCGAUUUUACUUCCGUGAGAUGAUGAACACAUUGGAAUCUUCCAAGUGGUUAUUUUACAACUCUCCUCCGUCCACACCAUGCAAUCACUUCAGCGAGAGUGAACACACUGAGGAUGAAGCAGAUGUAUCUGAAGGAGAGUGGGACAUGAGGGCAAAUAAACCAUUCUCAGUGGUUGACGGAGCCAGCAUUAGCUUCCUGAGCCAUCCACAGAAGAGACUCGCCGAGUGCAAAAAGGGGAAUUCCCAACACUGUCUUGUCUCUGCUUCUGCGGACGGCGUCACCGUUGAAUCUCCAGCCAGCACCCCAGGAAAUGUGUUCUUUGCAAAAAAGUGCGCUGAUUUACAUAGGUUUAUCUACCCUCUGCACCAACUUCUACACAGACUCAAGACGGGGAGGUAUAACAAAGGUUUGACCACCUCGCAGAAAGCUGUUGCAAUAGACAGACUACAAAGAAUUCUUGGGAUGCUGCAAAGGCCUGAAAUGGGCAGUGAGAAACACCUACAUAACCUUCUGCAGAUUGAGAUGAUGCUGAAAAUGUGGUUCCCUCAUGUGGCAGCUUUUCAGUCCACAUGUGCUAAAUCCCAGACGCCCACACCCAGAAUCACUCCUCACUGGCAGCAGAACCAGCUCCACAUGCCGGUCAAGAAGCGUAAGCUGAACUGGGUGGACCCUGACAACUCGAGCACCAGCCCCGACUGGCAAAAGAAUCAUGGAGAUGAAAAACACAGCAGCUGUCCAGUGUUUGACACGACAUGUCUUCCCAGAGCUGCUAAGACACCCCGACGUCCGGUGGAAAAAACUGCAGAUGACCAGUGGUCUGAGCAUCGCAUGUUUCCAGAGAAGAGAAGCACUUUUGAAAGGCCUCAGCGUGAAUCUGCUGAAGAGAUGCGUCCACCCUCCCAGUGUAGCAGCCCGUGUACACAGGAGAACUCCAUAUCGUCCAGCUCUGUCUUGCCUCAGCUAUCCUCAACUGAACUUGUAACCAACUGGAUGAGCAGGAUGCCGGUCAGAGUGAAGACGGAAUGGAUUACAUAAGUUUGAAUUUAGGAAAAAGCCAUAAAAUCGUUACUCUGAGAAAGAGGGAGAAAGAUUGACGUGCAGCAACUUUCGACUACGCAUUGUGGCACUUUCCGUCCCCAUUUAAAUCAUUGCACUAUUCUUUUUAACAUAUUUAUUUUGUAAAGCUACUGCUGACUUUGCACUGUUUGGCUGGUGAGAAUAAGUGACACAGGUGAAUCGUUUAGCGAUAAAAUGCCUGUGAUCUUAUGCUUCCAUCUUAGUUAUUAGUAGUUCAUUUUGCACCUUGAGAUGAAUUGUGCAUCUUCAAUUCCCUAUUCACAGUCCAGCUGUAACCGCUUAAGUAACUGCUCCUUACAGAAAGAAUAUUGUCUUAAAUUAAGAGUGAAGUGUUGAGUGAAAAGCGAUUCGAUUCCUAUGUUAAUGAACACAAUAGCCAGCUGGGUGACUCCGAGAGAUAAACUUAACACAUGACAUAAAAAUAUUUUCAGAAGGGAUGUCAUUUAUUUUCCAUUUUUUAUUUAAUUAUUAUGUUUUUUUGGAUGUGAAUGCAAAUAGUGAACACAUAAAACGCAGUAUUCUGAGCUCUACUCUGUUACUGCUUUUGAAUUAUGCCAUUCUUACAGACGUGAGUCCGUCAUGUUCAGCAGAAGUGCAAUAUAAUGUGCAGUAGAGGCCAACUGCUUGUCAACAUGGUGACAAAAUAUUUUUGUAACCAAAAUAAAUCAGAAAUAUUUUUAUUGAUUUGUAAAGGAAAAUAAUGUUUAUUGGUGAAAUGGGGGGUAAAUUAAGAGAAAACUAAAAUAAAAAUUUCACUGUUAAUAACAGAGAAUAUAUGAAGCUUCACACAGUGGUGAGGACCCUGUCAAAGUAAAAAAAAACAUUGAUAUAAAAACUAUUUUUCUUUUUUAUUUAUAAAACAGCACUUUUUGUUACAGGGGGAAAUGUUACGCAUCUGUCAUCGUAGCUCGGUGUGGCGUUGUUUUCUAUCAAAGUGUAACGCUUCAAAAUACUGUGGACUGUUUUGAAACAAUUUUGUGUUGAACUCUAGUGUAGUUGUUAAUAUAUGGCAAGAAAAGCAUUAACAGAAUUAAGUUUCUUGGAUAUUGUUAUGAGGGCCUACACAAAAUAUAUUGCUCUGUUACUUGAAGUGCUUUAUCGUCAAAUUUAAAUUUGAAUAACAAAUAUUCCUUUUCCUACUUCUGAUAGUGUGUUAGCAUCGUACCACUGUCUUCAAUUGAUUAUCAUUCAUGUUGAAUGACUUUUUUUUUUCCUUUGGUGGAUUGUCACCACUCAGCCUUGGUUUUUACAUGUAUUUAAAUUGGUUUAGCAAGUCAGUGCAGAACAGGUCUUAGUUUACAUUCUUGUCAACACUUCUUCUGCAUAUGUUUCAUCAAACCUCUUUCUGUAUGGAGUGAUACGUAUUUUGACCUUAAGUGGUUAGAUGGAGAUUUUGGGUAAACGUUUAAAAUAGUACCUGGUGAUGUUCUGUUAUUGAAAAAGCACAAUUAUUGAAUAAACAUCUGCAAGUU